CAUGCUGCAUGCGAAGGUUCUCCACUUGUCUAGUCCGAGGCUCCGAGCUCGACGUCGCUUGCGCGAUAAUAAAAUGCUCGGCGCAAUCCGAUGCGUCUUCGACACCACCUCCCUCUUCGUUCCCUCUCCUUCUCGCCUCUCCCACCUCCCUCUCCCGCGAAGAAGAACCCUACCCAUUCCCCCAUACCUCUCCACCACCUCCUCUCCCUCCUGAGCCGCUCCUCCACCCUCCCGCACCUCGCCCAAAUCCAUGGCCACAUCCUCCCCCGCGGCCUAGACAGGGACAACCUCCUCCUCGGCAAGCUCGUCCAUGGCGCCUCCCUUCUCGGUUUCGUCGACUACGCCUUCUCCAUCUUCAAGCACCAAGAAGACCCCGAUACGUAUUUGCACAACACCAUGAUUCGCGGCCUCUCACAAAAUGGUUCAUCCAAAGAUGCCAUUUUCAUCUUUAACUCGAUCCAAGUCGUGGGCUUGCGCCCGGAUACUUACUCUUUUCCCUUCGUGUUGAAGGCUAUUGCGCAUUUGGGUAUGCUUGAAUUGGGCAGAGAGGUUCAUAGCCAAGUUAUUCGAAUUGGGUUGGGAUCGGAUAUACAUAUCUCCACUGGUUUGAUCCAUACGUACUGUAAUUGCGGAGGGAUAGACGAUGCCCGACAACUGUUUGAUGGAAUUAUUCAUAGAGAUGUCGUUCUGUGGAAUGUGAUGAUUGCAGGUUAUGCGAAGGUUGGGGAUUUGGACAACGCGCGUGUGCUGUUUGAUAGAAUGCCCGAGAGGAAUGUGGUCUCGUGGACUACGAUGAUCGGUGGUUAUGCUCGGUUGAAACUGUCGGAUGAGGCAAUUGCAUUGUUCCGGAAAAUGCAGGUUGAAGACGGUAUUGAGCCGGAUGAGAUUUCCUUGUUGGCUGUGCUCUCAGCUUGUUCGGAUUUGGGUGCACUCGAUUUAGGGGAGUGGAUACAUAGCCUGAUAAACAAGCGCGGGUUGUACAAGACGGUGCCUCUCAUGAAUGCACUGAUGGAUAUGUAUGCCAAGUGUGGUGAUAUUGCAAGAGCAUUGGAGGUCUUUGAGAAGAUGAAGAACAGAAGCGUCGUAACUUGGAGUACAAUGAUUGCGGGUUUUGCACUAAAUGGGCUUGGAGUGGAAGCUCUGGAAGUGUUUCAUCGAAUGGAGAGAGAAAAUGUUGAACCAAAUGAUGUCACAUUUUUAGCAAUCCUAUCUGCUUGUAGCCAUAUUGGAAAGACCAAUUUGGGUCAUCGGUAUUUUGAUUGUAUGAAAUCACGUUACAGGAUUAAACCUAAAAUUGAGCAUUACGGAUGUAUGGUUGAUCUUCUCGGCCGUGCAGGUUGUCUUAAGGAGGCUUAUGAUUUAGUUCAAAAUAUGCCUUUUGAAGCAAAUGAAGCAAUAUGGGGAGCUCUUUUAGCUGCCUCUAGAAUAUAUGGUGAUGUUGGUCUUGGAGAAAAAGCCUUAGUGCAUCUCAUUGAACUUGAGCCACAUAAUAGUGGGAAUUAUAUCCUGCUAUCAAAUAUUUAUGCGGCACAGGAGAGGUGGGAUGAUGUCCGGAAGCUUAGGAAGUUGAUGAAGGACAGGGGAGUAAAAACUAUGCCAGGAGCAAGUUCUAUUGAAUUGGAUGGUGCGGUUCAUGAAUUCACUUCUAGAGAUGGAUCUCAUCCUUGCUUGAACAGGAUAUUUGAAGUUCUCUGUGAUAUAAGUAGGCACUUGAGGAUGGCGGGUUACGUCCCAAAUAUUUGUGGAGUGCCGUUUGACUUUGAAUAAGGAUGGGGAAAUAGUUUCCAACUCAGUUUUGCUAAUUAUUUGGAACAGAGAGAUUGGACUGCCCCUACAAGCUGCAAAUUCAAUGAGUAAUACGCAAUGUGUUUGUGACAGCAUUUGAGUCGUCCAACUACAGUUCUGAAAACAACAUUCAAUCCUCAAUUCUUGUGCCUGUACAUUAGACCAUAUGAACUUGUGAAUGCUUCUCACCCGUGUUGCAAAACCCAAGGAACAAAUGGUCUCACACAAAUCUUCUUCAUUGGGGCUGACAUGGACAAGCAUCAAUGUUUUUGAAUCAGAUCCUGUAGGCAUGUAUUCACAAGUGUAGAAAAAGCCUACCAUGGUGCCUUUUGAACCCUUCUCUUCCUGCUGUUUGGAGCAAGCAGAUCUCGAAGAUUGCCCAUAUAUAUUUCAAGCAUACUGAAAGUGAACAGAAAUUUAUAGUUGCUCUCCGCUGCACGUUCCAACAAUGCUUUAAUUCCUCGUGGCACAACACCCGGAUUGUCAGGCUGACCUUCCUAAUUCAUGUAAUAAACAAAUAGUAUUUAAUUUUGGAAAAAAGAGGCUUUUGUUCUUUCUUGGAGAGGCUUAUUUUCUUUCUUAGUUAUGAAGUGUACUGUUUAAUCAAAGAAAUGGCAGUAACCAUGUUGCAUGUAGUAAAUCUUACCAUUGUGUAGGUUUUACCGGUGCCCGUCUGGCCGUAGGCAAAAAUACAAACAUUGUACC